AUGGAGGCCUGCGUCAGUACGCGUGACGGUUGGCGGAUUCUGUUAUCUGCGUUCACCGGAGACCUCGACGAGCUUCAGAGGGUGAGAUAUGAAACUGGCGACGACGACGCCUUUCGUAAGAAGUGCGAGCACUCGAAAGGUCCCGAAGGAUUCACGUGUUUACACCUUGCGGCUGACAAUGGAGACAUACCGAUUUUCAGGGUUUUGAUUGAGAAACUGAAUCUGGAUGUCGAUAUGGAAACUGAAAGAGGGGAUACUGCUCUGCUAGUUGCUGCUGCGAAGGGACAUUUUAAGGCCGUGAAGUAUUUGAUACUCCGAGGUGCUGAUAUUAAUUUCAGCGGUUACAAGGGAAUCACAUGUUUUCAUCUUGCUGCUGAAAGAGGAAACAAAGAGAUUAUGCAAAUGUUACUAUUGAGAGGUGCUGAUUUAGAGGCACGUUCUGUGAAAGGAACACCGUUGACAUGUGCGGCAUCUUCUGGAUGUGUGGAAUCCGUUCGAUUUCUGUUACGCCGUGGUGCUAAUCCGAAUGCUGAUUCUCCUCUUUCUGGCACCCCUCUUAUGGGGGCUCUUUUGUGCCCCUCGUAUGAAUGCUUUGACCUGCUGCUGAAGGCUGGAGCCAACCCAAACACUUUUUCACUCGGUUUAAGUCCUCUGGCAGUUGCAGUCAGAGACAAAGAUACAAAACUUCUUAGGUCUUUGCUUGCAAAUGGAGCUGAUCCGAACUUAAGCACCAUUGACCUUUUGAAACCCAUAGAGCAUGCUGUCGACGUUGGUAAUCUUGAUGGGGUUAACAUUUUGUUUCCUUUGACUGAGAGAAUGAUGGAAUAUCGCGAUUGGAGCAUUCAAGGCAUCAUAAAUCGCUUUCACUCUGAACAAGCAAAGAGACAGAGAAUGGCGGCACUAGUGGUCACCUUUUGGGAACUUGAUAAACUAGGCAAAGGUGCUUUAGGAAGUGGAGAUUACCAAGAGGCCUUAAAAUGGUUUAAUAUGGCACUUAUUCUUCAACCGGACGACGAAACAUUGCUGGAAAACCGCAGUAAAUGUUGGAUAGCUUUACAUGAACCCAAUUUCUUAUUGCAUGAUGCCGAAGCUUAUAUCCUGCUGAAACCUAAUUCCCCCAAGGCUCACUGCAUGAAAGGCAUUGCCUGGAUGCUCCUCAAAAACUUCCCCGUGGCAUGCAAGUCAUACAAAAGUGCUAUUGAUCUGGAUCCGUAUUCUAUCGAAAUUAAAAAUUUGUUUAGCAUUGCUGCAAAGGGUUUCCUGCUUAGCCUAGCUGAAAAGAACCUAAUGAGGACAGUGACAUCCUUACCAAAGGUUAUUCCUCACUGUGAGAUUUUCUGCUCGACUUUGCUUGAACUGGCUAACGAGAACCCAACGGAGGCUAUGAAUCUUCUUCGUCAGUUUCUGGACAGACCUGAAUUCCUGUUCUGA